AUCUCUAUCUCUUCUGCUUGAUUGAUGAUGCUCGCAACCCGUCUUGUCUCAGCUCUUCCCGCGCUCAACGCCACCACUGCUGCUGCCCGCUUGUCGUCCUUCUCGACGCUUGCCACCGCCGCCGCUGCCGGUGCUGCCUCCGCUUCCACUCCCAAGUGGGGCACGCUGCCGAAGACCCCGGCGCCCGCCAUCCGCGGAGAGCCAGCCAAGCCGCGCGUCAAGACCACCGCCAUCCCCGGAUCCAAGAGCAUUGCCCUCACCAAAGAGCUCGCCACAAUGGUCGACGCCCAGUCCGUGAGCUUCUUUGUCGACUUUGAAAAGUCGUCUGGCAACUAUGUCGUCGAUGCGGACGGCAACGCGCUCCUCGACGUCUACUGCCACAUUGCGUCGCUGCCGCUCGGCUACAACCACCCAGACUACAAGACCAAGCUCACCGAGAGCCAGCUGCUCUUCCAGCAUCUUGCGCAACGCGCUGCGCUGGGAUCCAUGCCGCCAACCGACUUCCCCGUUCAGCUGCACGACACGAUGAUCAAGCAGGCGCCCACCGGCUUGAAGCAAGUCCAGCUGACCUGCGGCUGCGGCUCCUCGGCCAACGAAAACGCCUACAAGAUGGCAUUCAUGCACUACCAAGCACGCAAGCGUGGUGAUCGCGGCUUUAACGAGCAAGAGCUCACCUCGGUCAUGAACAAUUGCGAGCCCGGCUCUCCCAACCUCUCCAUCCUCUCGUUCGACGGCGCCUUCCACGGCCGCACCUUUGGCUGCCUCUCGACCACUCGCGCCAAAGCCAUCCACAAGCUCGACAUUCCCGCCCUUCCCUGGCCCAAGGCACCCUUCCCCAAGCUCAAGUACCCUCUGGACAAGCACGCCGCCGAGAACGAGAAGUCCGAGCAGGACUCUCUGAAAGAGGUCGACAAGAUCCUGACGUCCAACCCCAUUCCAGUGGCUGGCGUCGUGGUGGAGCCCAUCCAGGCUGAGGGCGGCGACAACCACGCCUCUCCGAGCUUCUUCCGCGGCCUUCAAGCUCUUUGCAAGAAGCACAAAGUGGCCUUCAUUGUUGAUGAAGUCCAAACCGGUGUUGGUGCCACGGGCUCAUUUUGGGCGCACGAACAGUGGGGCCUGAGCUCGCCCCCGGAUAUCGUCACCUUCGCCAAAAAGAUGCAAGCGUCGGGCUUUUUCUACGCCGACCAGUAUCGCGUGGAUGUGCCGUACCGCAUCUACAACACGUGGAUGGGCGAUCCCGUGCGUCUGCUCCAAGCCAAGUUCAUCACCGAGAUCAUCGAGCAGGACAAUCUGAUUGAGAACACGCGCGUGACGGGUGCUUACCUCCAGCAAGGUUUGCAGACGCUCGCCGAUCAAUCGCAGGGCAACCUCGAAAACGUGCGUGGUCUCGGUACGUUCAUUGCCUUUGACGUGAAGACUCCUGCGCUGCGCGACAAGCUCAUUCUUGCCGGCCGCAUGGAGGGUCUGAACAUGGGCGGCUGUGGUACCCGUUCCAUUCGUCUGCGUCCUUCCCUCAUCUUCCGUCCCAAGCACGCCGCGCUCUUCCUUGACCGUCUCGAGGCCGCUUCCAAGAAGGUGUUUGCCUAAAACGUUUUUGUGUUUGUUCUGAUUCUGCCGUUUGACGGCGCACUUUGAGAUGAAUGGUUUUGGUCUCGAUUGUUUUGUUUGCCAUACUGGGAUUUCGCGCGUGCAGUGUUGGCAACCUGCGGUGAUUCUGUUCUGAUGAUGGUCUUUCAAACGCAACAAUGAAUACAAUCAGGCUCAUCAUUCAAAUAGAUACCUGUAGAGCACA